CUUCCAUCUCGCCUCGCGUUGGUGAGCGGCGCAUCAUAUAAGGUCCAGCCCAGCCCUCAUAUCACUCUGACUCUCAUCACCGCCGAACGGGCUCGCGUUGCACACACAACAUUUGUCAGAGGUGGUGCAGGCACCGCUGCAGCUCUCCACUUGUCACUCUACUGGCCUUCCUGAGCUCUUCACCAGUCGUUCCAGCAGCCAUGUACCUGCCACGCUCCCCUGCUCUCGAUCCCUCUGGAGGCAAGUCAUUCUCUGGCGAGUCGAGCAUCAAGGGUCGUGAUACCUCGACGUCUACCCCGGCCUCACAGUCUUCUCGUACCCAUCAUACUGGAUUGCACCCAAACACCUGGGCUUCAGCAACCACCGCGCCGGCUAGCGUGCAGGUGCACUACCAUUAUUUGGCCGGAAGGUAUCGAGACUUGAGCACCGAGCACGGGCUAGGACUGGCAAAGCUUGGCAGUGUCGACGAGAAUGCUGUGCCGGCGCCUGGCUCAGACAGGAGUGACGCCGAUUCCCGCGCCUCCCACAAGGCAUCCUUGGGCGGGAUCUUUUUGGGCGCUGGUCCAGAGACGGCAAGCAGAGGCAUUGAGAGAUGGGAUUCGACCCGAACAUCUGCUGCAAAGUUGCACGUGCCAAUCGGCAAGAAAAGCAGGCGAGAGACUGCUUUGCAAAGGAUGAAACAGGAUGAUCUACUCAGACGCCGCAUUGAGGGCACCAAAGAUGUCGGAAGGCUCAAGUGGGAAGCCAAGUCGGCGCUCCUAUCUCAUUCGCAUCCUCUAGCUAUCAUACUUCUUGCUCGAGCAGCUAAGCUCUCUUCCCUGUCGUCUUGCAUCACCCUUGCAUCCUUGCUGACCACCGGUAUCACGCGCGGAAGCGCGCCCGUAGUGGUAUUGCUCGAGCGAGAUCCUCUACGUGCGCUGUCCUGGUGCUUGGAUGCCGCUGCACUUUUGCAGAAGCGAAGCUCUGCCCGACAUCGACGAGGCAAGAGCUCACCAAAGGAAGAGGAGCGGCUGAGGCAGCAAAUUGCAUCACUACUGGCUCGUCUUGUCAGAACGACCCAGGCUGAUCCGAUGCGCCAGCAUGGGGAAGAAGUCAAAUUGCCGGUCGCAAGGACUUUGCCGGCACCAGAGCUGUGGAGCUCCCUCUCGGGCCUGCUAGGUUGGCUCUCUGGUCCGCCGCAGACGCCUUCCUCCGAGACACCUGCUGACCUUCCGGGACCAGACGACGAGGAUGAAGAGGGCAAAUCAGCGGCAGUGCUGCGAAGUAUCGCAGUUGAUCUCGCGCUGGUGCGAGCGGUCGCAAUCACACGAGCGACAUUGGCGCCGGGACAAUCCGGCUGGACUCAAGCAGUACGCCGAGAGUGGGACGAGGUCCGCGAUUCCGCAGAUGCAGCUGGCAGAAUGGAUUUGUCUGCGGUGCUAGCGGCAGCUCAGACAGUUUGUGCUGAAUUGGACAAAGGCAAAAGGGGGGCGAUUGCCGGCCCUGCGGCUUCGCUUGCUCAGGCAUGUGAGGAGAGCUUGGUGGAGAGAAGUGUGCGAGUGGUCACGACCACAAACUCAGCGGAUGCGGCGCCCCUCAGGUCAACGAGCGUCAAGAAGUCACAGAACGUUCAGCGGAGCAGAAGAGGCUCUCUCGAUCGAAUGACUAGCCACACCGGCAGCUCUGACUCCAGACCGCCUUCGCUGCUGUUUCCUGUGGCAGGAUCUUCAGCGCCCGCGCAGACAACGCACACACCCGUGCAAGUCGGCAAGCCAGACGUUUCAGAUGGGCCUGCACGACGUCAAGUAGGCCGCACCAUUAGCCUUCAGCCGGGCUCCAGCCGUGAUCGCGCGGCAGCAGCCGCAGCAGCCCAAAGUGCAAGCUCACUGGGGCCUUCUCGACAGUCGGCCAUUCGCGCGCGGAGACCGAGCAGUGUCUGCUCUGACUCGCCAUCUCUAUUGUUUCCGAAUCACGACUCCGACGAGGACGAUGCUUCAUCUGCUGCUCUCAGCUCGACAAGAAUUCCGUCCGGGAGCCAGGCACGGCCGACUUCGCUGUGGGCUGCCGAGAGCGAAGAUGCCACGAUUCGCUUACCGCCCUCUCGAAGUGUUGCCGCUCGUCGACGUGUGACAAGCUUGUACGGAGAGCCUAGCGUCACGGAUGCCAGCGGGACAAAUGCCACGGGCAGUACAGCAUCGGACUAUGGGUACGAGCCGAAUGGAGUCUUUGAUCCUACUGCAAGCCUGCGCAACGCUCAACGACGGAGAAGAGUCGAUAGCUCAGCAACAAGCGCCAGCACAGCUCUAAGUGUGUUGAGCACCGCGCCCAGCAUGGCCGAGAGCAUGGCUUGGGAAAGGGAGCGAGAAUCGCCGCAAGCCUAUGCCCACUUUUCACUGCCGUCGACCGAUAGCGCUAGCGCGCGCCUAGACGUAGUCGGUCGAAAGUCUGAUGCGCAAGCGCCAGGUGCGGUAGACAGCCUACGUAGUCUUUCCAAUACCCGCACGGCUGCGCCGCGCAGCGAGCAAGCUUCUGUGCACUCUGGAGAUGGGCCCGCCGCACGUUCACUCACGAGCCGCCUCGAAAAGGCGAUGACCUCCUCUUCCUCCAUCAGCCGAGCUUCUGGAGCAGGCCUUGCGCAUCAUCGUUUUCCCAGCUCGACCAGCGGCACUUUUGGCCUGAGCGCACGUCAACGUACCACGUCAAACGCAAGCAUUUCGAGUCUCAGCAGCUUCGUGAGCUCUUCUAAUAGGCAAGGUCGAAACGGCACCCUCAGGUCUCCGAUCAGUCCGACUUUUCCGCAGUCAAUCACGACCAUAGCACCGCCAGGGAACCGCGAGGUCGCCGCUACGGCGACGAUGAGCCCAGCGAUCACGCGACCUACAGACCAGCCGAGCGCUGAUCGUGCUGGCUCAUCAGCCUCCGCCAUCAACUCGCUGCGACGAUUCGGAGGCAGCAACGGCAAGGCACGCCCUGCUGUGCCUUCCGACUUGAAGGGGCCGUCUCCAACAACGACUGUCGGAUUUCCAAGCUCAACGUCCAGUUCCAGCCGAUCCGCGGCUGACGAAAACGGCACUGCACAGGAAAAUGGCUCCAAGCGAGCGUCGCUGGCUCCCUUGAGGCCUGUGGAGGGCCAUGCGGCGCAAAGGAGUAACACGCUCUCUCCGCCUGGCAGCGCUAAUCGGAGGAGCUUCUUCGGCGUCGAUCCGACGAGCGCAGGCACGUACGGUCAAGAUCAUGCGGGCGUUUCAAAUCCAGACCCAAACCCAAAUGGGGCGACCGUAUCGGAGAGCGAAAGCUUGAUGCCACUGUCCCCUCGACCUAUUGAUCAGCAACAUCCACAAGAGAAGAGCAUGACGGCUUCCUCUUCGAGAACGGCUUCUGUCCAUACCAAUUCGGACCUUGACGCGGCGCUUGCAUCAGCGGAAGACAAAAGUCGACUGAAGACGGCCUCAGCAUGCUCCAGAUGCGGCACUCAGGUAGUCAAUGCUCCAGUCAGCAGAUCUGGACAUGUCUUCUGCGGCAGGCAAUGCAGAAUGGAGCACAAGGCAGCAGAGAAGAAGCGCUAAGCGGCCUUGGAGUUAUCUCGCGUAUCGCCGUUGCACAUCGAGACUGUGCCUGAUGUACUGCAGCCUCUACCACUUCCUGACACCUCGGUGGCGGAUGGCGCCUGGUACUCGGCCGCUCACAUUAUUCCGCUCUCAAUCGCCAUCCUCGUGUUGUAACACCACGUCUAGGCCCAAUCAAUGACUUGCUGGCUUAUCUUCGCCACUCGCAGCACCCAAUGUGGCUACCCAGUCCCUUGAUGCGUUUCGUCCGCCACUCGCUUAGGGAUCCAAAGCGUUGUGACAGCGCAUCAGAGCGCGUGGUUGCUCUAGAGGCGUCGAAGGUUUGACAUGGCUGAGA